AUGUUGUAUUUCAGACAUAUUUCUGUAGCAUUGGCGCGCUAUCUUCGUUGGUUAGGUGUAAAAACUAGGAUCUUCCACCUUGGGGAUUACAGACGAGCCACGAUUCCUGUUGGUCAAGACAUCCCAGAUGACUACUUUUUUGUCAAUGCAUCUGCAUCAUCGGUUCUAUUGAGGCAAAAGAUCAUGAAAAGGUGUCGCGAAGACAUAUACCAGUACUUGAAUUUCGAAAAUGGCCAAAUUGCGAUUUAUGAUGCUGUCAAUCCUUUAGCUUCUGGCCGACGAUCGCUUGCAAAGGAGUUUGCCAAACAAGAUAUUGAGACUCUUUUCAUCGAAUCGUGGUGCGAUGACGAGCGCAUCAUCGAGGAGAAUGUUCGCAGAGUCAAGAUCUCAUCCCCCGACUAUGUUGGCUGGUCAUCAGAGGAUGCAGUGAAGCACUACUUGACCAGGAUAUCUGCCAGAAUCCCUCAAUUUCAAACCAUGGAGGAGAAAGAUUUGAAUUAUAUCAAGAUGAUAAACGCGGGAGAAAGACUCAUCAUCAACAAUAAAAGUUUCGGUUAUCUAUCUAACCGAAUUGUUUUCUAUCUUCUGAACCUUCACAUCAAGUCCAGGCAUACGUACUUUGCACGAGCCGGUGUUUCGCUGGAGGCAGAUUCCUAUAAAGCUGAUGCCUCUCUGUCGGAGCAGGGAGAGGAUUACGCAAAGAAAAUGACUGAACGUCUCCUGCAGCAUAGGGAAUCUGAAAAACAGGCCAUGAUUGACCGAGGGGAGACGGAUUACGAACUCAAACCACUAACAGUUUGGACAUCCACGAGACGCAGGACCGUUGAGACAGCGAAAUACUUAUAUGAAAAGGGAUACAAAGUCCGGCAACGCUCACAAAUGAGCCAACUGAACCCUGGUGUUUGCGAGAAGAUGUCUGAGAGAAGAAUUCGUGAAGAGUAUCCGGACGAGGUGGCUAAGCAUGAGCUCGAUCCUUACCACCAUCGGUACCCUCGAGCUGAGUCCUACCAUGACCUUGCUGUGCGACUCGAACCCAUUAUCUUGGAACUUGAGCGGGAGCAGAACGAUCUUCUCAUCAUAGCACACGAAAGCGUGCUAAGAGUCCUCUAUGGUUACCUCAUGGCGUGCAAUGCUGCUGACAUUCCUUUCUUGGAGUUUCCACGUGACGAAAUCAUCGAAAUUAUCCCGGAAAGCUAUCAAAACGAGGCGCGCAGAAUACAUAUCCCUGAUUUGCCAAAAGAAAUUAUACCUGGCUCUCCGCAAGAUAUCAAAAUUCCGGUACCUCCCAGUGGGGUGCCUUCUCCCAUGGUUGGGGGGAUAGGCAGCCCCAAGGAUGGAUUCUCAACACCACAAAGCGGCCUUCGAACUCCUCGGGAGCCUGAGAGGAUAUCGCAACAGCACGUGGACGAUGUUGUCUGA